UUAACAAAAGAAAAAGAGUGAAGAAGAAACGUUUAUAAUUGCGUGACGUCACCGCCGACCCUCACAUCUUUGUCAGUGAACAAAAUGGCAACCUACUGUCUCACUGUCGCCCGGCUUCAGCUGGCCCUGGGCCAUGGUGCUCGCCGCCUGCAUGUAUCGGCCGCUUACAGAGCCAAGGCCAAAGUGUCCAUGAGCCGCUUCGAGCCCGCUUCCUUCGUCAACUAUGAGAAGCUCCAGUCCAACGUUGAAAUCGUGCGAAAAAGACUCAACCGUCCCCUCACCCUGUCAGAGAAGAUUGUGUACGGCCACCUCGAUGACCCCCACAACCAGGAGAUCGACCGCGGUCGCACCUACCUGAGGCUGCAUCCCGACCGCGUAGCUAUGCAGGAUGCCACUGCCCAGAUGGCCAUGCUGCAGUUCAUCAGCAGCGGCCUCCCUAAGGUGGCUGUGCCCUCCACCAUCCACUGUGAACACUGUUGAGGCCAGACGAGGGGAUGACAUCUGGCAAGGGCAAAAGAAGUGAACCAAGAGGUGUACAACUUCCUGGCCAGUGCUGGGGCAAAAUAUGGAGUCGGCUUCUGGAAACCCGGCUCUGGAAUCAUCCAUCAGGUGAUUGGAGUGAAGCUGACAGGGACCCUUUCAGGGUGGACGUCUCCUAAGGAUGUCAUUUUGAAGGUGGCAGGCAUCCUGACCGUGAAGGGAGGCACUGGAGCCAUUGUCGAGUACCACGGACCAGGAGUGGACUCCAUUUCCUGCACUGGAAUGGCCACCAUCUGCAACAUGGGAGCAGAGAUUGGAGCCACAACCUCCGUGUUCCCUUACAACCACCGCAUGAAGACCUACCUGGAGAAGACUGGGCGUGGACAGAUCGCCAGCCUGGCUGAUGAAUACUCAGAUUUGUUGGUUCCAGAUCAAGGAUGCCAGUACGACCAGGUCAUCGAGCUUAAUCUGGAUGAGGUAUGUCUUUUUUUGUGUGUCUGUGACUUCACUGGGUCGUUUAGGGGUUGGACUGGAAACGACAGGCCCCGACUCGAAAUCGAGCAUUUCACCUGUGCUCUAGUUGCUCUCAACAAUGUCGAUAAAUUCAUUUUGGGAAUGAACAAGUUUACCAAAGGAGAUCGUCCCUUGCGGGGCUACCACCUGAGCGCAUCCCGACCGCGUAAACUAAAGCAGGAUGCCACUGCCCAGAUGGCCAUGCUGCAGUUCAUCAGCAGCGGCCUCCCUAAGGUGGCUGUGCCCUCCACCAUCCACUGUGAUCACCUGAUUGAGGCCCAGACCGGAGGGGUGAAGGAUCUGGCAAGGGCAAAAAUCAUCCUGGAGAACUACGCCUACCCAGGAGUGAUGCUUAUUGGCACAGAUUCCCACACGCCAAACGGUGGUGGACUUGGUGCCAUCUGCAUCGGAGUUGGUGGAGCUGAUGCAGUCGAUGUCAUGGCAGGAAUCCCCUGGGAGCUCAAGUGCCCCAAGAGUGAUCGUAUGAAAACUUCCAUCUCUGUAAACAAACCGGUAUCCUUCUUGUUCAUAGAAACUAACCUGAAGAAGCAGGGUCUGCUGCCCCUGACCUUCAGCAACCCGUCAGACUAUGAUAAGAUCCGCCCUGAUGACAAGAUCUCCAUCAAAGGGCUCACAACCUUCGCUCCAGGAAAGCCUCUGUCCGCAGUCGUGAAGCACAGUGACGGCAGCAAGGAUACAUUGGAACUCAACCACAGCUUCAACGAGACACAGAUCGAAUGGUUCAAGGCAGGAUCAGCCCUCAACAGGAUGAAGGAGCUGCAGUGAGCUCAAGGGAGAAGGAAAACGGAGGAGGAGGGUUUUCAGGGGAAGACGAGGUGGUGAGGACUGUGGGGGAGGAGGAGGGAGGAUGAAGAAUGUUAAUGAUUGUUUCAUCAUCUGCAUUAGCUCCCAGCUCUGACUGAAGUAAUGCAUCUGUAUACCUCUAAGAGUUAAACGUAGAACAAAGUAGAAUUACUCCAGCGUCUGACUAAUGCCGAUGAUGGAACGGACAUCAGAUAUUUGUUAAAAGUUCAUUUGUCAGACGGUGCAUCGCAUUUCUUGAAGAUAUCGUAAACUGCUGCUGUGUUUCCGUCGAGCAGCGAUAACCGGUUAGAGAUUCUGUUGUAAAAACAAAUGGGAGACACACAUGCGUACACUUUGACACACUAAGCUUUGACCCGUGCCGUGACAUCAUACACCUGGCAGCAGAUGUUCUGUUUGUGUUUUUGCUGCUGCUCAAACAGGUCAAUAUAGUACCACUUCACACUGUACUCCGCUUUAAUCAACCACUGUCAUUCAUCCAUAGCCCCUGUAUUAGUGAGAGUCCAACCUCAGUGGAUGAAUAUCCCCAUUUGUUGCAUCUCUGGCUUCAUUUAGUGAAGUUUUAUUUGGAUCCAAAAAUAAACAAGCUAAAUAUUAGCUUGACUGCCCCCUGGUGGUCACAAGAAGAAAUUACUGAGUGUUCAAGGAAUAGCAAUCCCUCUUUUGAGGAUAUAACGGUGACGUUAUGGGUUAUUUUUGUAUUCAUGUCCUUUAAUAAAGUAUAUUUUAGUUCACAUGGACACACAUGCUUUAUCAGCUCACCCUCUUCUUUCCCGCUGCUACCUUCCUUGAACUGUUCACCUGAUCAAAGGUCAAAACCAUCACUCGGUUUCCCCCUGUUAUUUAUUUUGUAUAUUCUUUUUUUCUCUGCACAAAGAUCAAGAUCCUGCAUGUAUUUCCAUACCAAACUUGGACAUGUGUCCUCUUCCAUCCUGUAUUUUCAGUGCCCUUUUUUGUGGGGUAUUGUGCCGCUUUGUCUUCCUUUUACCCCACUGGAAGUUUAAAAGAAUGUGGCGGCACCACUUGAAUUAAGCAAAGAGGCUCCUCAUACGAAACCCCGGGGUACUGUGUCAGCUGGUUGUGGUCAAUUAAAUUAAAUGAAAUUGUGGUCACUUCCUGGUUUCAUCCAAACAACAUGCAUCAAUCGGAUGAUGGCCUGUCUUCUAAUCUAAACCACUGUAUGUGAAGUGUCUGGUCCCAUGUGCAUUUAAGUGUUGUGUUUCUUUUCUCCCACAUUAUCUUUUCUGUAUUACAGGAAUAAUAAUAAUGGGUUGUAAAAUAAAAAUUCACAGAUCUCAUACAUUUA